AUGUCGUUUUUGCCUCAACGCUGCGCUCGGCAGCUCCUCCGUGAGCCCUUUCAGCGCCGCUCAUUACCUCUCUUUCUCACCCCCGCCUUCUCUCCCUCCCGCGUCCAAUGCUUCUCGUCUACCUCCCCGGCGCACUCGCGUGUCGGAGGUGCCGCCAUCUCCGUGCCCCCGGAGGUAUCAUUGAACCUCAUUGAUGCGCCCAAAGAUGUCACCCAAAGCCGCGGAAAGGAAAUCAUCAAGCUUAUCGCUCAAAUCAAGGGCCCUAAGGGUGAAUUGAUGCUUAACAUCCCAUCAUUCCUCAACGUGGAACACGAUAGUACUACACAAAAGACUACACUCUCUAUUUCAGAUCCUGAGGAUGCCCACCAGCGUGCUAUGUGGGGUACCAUUCGCGCCCACCUCCAAAACCACAUCAUCGGUGUCUCAGAAGGACAUAUCUGUAUUCUCUCCAUGGUUGGUGUUGGUUACCGUGCUACUAUCGAGUCCUCCGCUACUACCGUCGCUCCCACCUACCCUGGCCAGAAAUUUGUUUCCUUGAAGGUUGGAUUCUCUCACCCUAUUGAACUGGGUAUUCCCGAGGGCAUCGAGGCUAGUACUCCACAGCCAACACGUAUUCUCUUGGAGAGUGUCGAAAAACAAAAGGUUACGCAGUUCGCGGCACAGAUUCGUGAGUGGAGACGGCCUGAGCCGUACAAGGGCAAGGGUAUCUUUGUCAACGGGGAGACAAUUAAGCUUAAGGCGAAGAAGAUCAAAUGA